GGAUUAGUUUAAUACAUGUGUACCUCUGCAGGAGUGAUGGAGGAGGAGUGGGCGAGAGAGCCAGCCGGUCUGGAUGGAAUUCCACCAAUGUACAGCAUUCUGAAGGGAGAGGUAGUGUCCGUUACAACAUACGGCGCUUUUGUGAAGAUUGCAGGAUACAGAAAACAAGGUCUGGUUCAUAAGAGUGAGAUGUCAUCCUGUCGGGUGGAAAACCCAUCUGAAAUAGUUGAUGUAGGGGAGCAAGUGUGGAUAAAAGUCAUUGGCACGGAGAUGAAAGAUGAUAAAAUCAAACUGUCCUUCUCUAUGAAAUCUGUCAAUCAAGGCACUGGCCGGGACCUAGACCCCAACAACGUCAUGGCAGAACAGGACGAGCGUCGCCGGAGACAGUUCAGAGAUUACGGCGGGCAGAAGAUCACUUUGGAGGCUGUGCUCAACACCACAUGCAAAAAGUGUGGCUGCAUUGGUCACUUUGCAAAGGACUGCUUCUCUAAGCCUGGCCUGCAGUACAGUUUAGUGCCAGAAGAGGAGGAGGAGCCGACCAGCAACCAGAACACCCAGUCAGAGCCCCAGAAACGUAAAAAGGAAAAGAAGGCAAAGAAAGAAAAGAAGAAAAAGAAAGAGAAAGAAAAGAAGAGAGAGAGUUCUUCAUCUGAUAGCGGCGCUGAAGAUGCCAAACGGCCGAAGCAUUCACACACACACUCGGACAAGAAGAAAAAACACAAGAAACACAAACACAAGGCGAAGUAAUUUUGGUUUGCAAAUCGAUUCAAACUUGCGCAUGUCGUUUUAUUUGCAGGUUUAUCCAGAUUAAAUGUGUCUGGUCAAUUUUGGAGUGUAUUUUUCUGUUCAUAUUAAAAAUUAUUUGACCAUUAAAAGAGACUGGCUUCUUGUGUGAAGGUUAAAAGGUUCACUGCACAACCUCUGAAUGGCCCUUCACCCAGAAACACACAGACCCAUGCGCUCGAUAUAGAACACGAGCACGUCAGCCGGCAGACACGGGAACAUGCUUAAAUUAGAAAGACCUCACG